AUGUACAGAACCAACGAUCCUCGCUUCCGCCGCCGCCUCAACGAAAUCGGCCAGACGCUCGAGAACGCAAACGAAUCCGCCCAGUCGUCCCUGUACAUCUUCGGCGAAAAUUACAUAAAACCCUGCUUUUCCUCCGUGGGACAAUGCCUCACGACAUGCGUAGACGCCAGUUGUCCCUCGCUGCAUAUCUCCCAACGUGACAGAUUACGGCGCAAUCGGGGACGGAGCAGAGGGCGAGCGGAGCUGAGCUUUGAUUUCUACGAUGAUUGGGAUGAGGACGAGAAUGAUGGGUUGUUGGGGGGCUGGGGGAAUGAGGAAUUCGAUCGGUUGGUGGGGAGUGGUGGUGGUGGCUAUGGGACUGUCGCGCCUCAGACUGCUCAACCGGGCAGGAAGAGAGGGAUGAGCUACGGCGCCAAGGGAGGGCGGAAGAAGAGUGUGAUUGAAAGCGACCCGACAGUCAAACCCGGUAGCAGUGGUUUCUGGGGAAAGCUAUUCGGUGGCAGUGGGAAGGGAGUCCGCUAUAAACCCGGCGCGGCGGAUUUACAAGAACAUCCGGGCGCGAGAAGGACAAGUCGUGAUCUGACCGAGGGCGAAGCACUUCUUCACGACAUUGGAGAAGACGAAGGCGACGGCUCCAGACGAAGAAGAGGUCACGCCCGCGCGCGAAGCGGAACGGUGGGUUCCCACGAGACCUCCGAUUCCUACAGCAGUAGAGGCGACAUCUUCCCCUCAGACGAAGAAGACGACGCCAUUCCCCUCGACGACGAAUUCGCCAUGGUUCUCGAACGCCGCGCCACACCUUCCAUCAUGGGCGAUACAGAAAGCAGUUCGCAGAAAACCGAAAGCCAAACGCGAAGGAAAAGUAAACGGCCCAGCACGGGUUCGAGGACUUCCACGCGCCGGACCGCUUCUUCGCGAAGUGUGCAGAGUUCAGGGAAGAAGAAAACGCGAAGUCGAGCCAGGGGCACAGCGCAGCAGACACCGGAGGAGCAUGAGGAGGAAGAGGAAGAAGUGGAAGAGCAGGUAUUUCCUUCGCUGUCGGAAUUGAAACAGGAAGAAAGGAGGAUCGAAGAGGAAGAAGAAGCUUCCAUUUCGCGCAAGAGGGGGGAAGCGCAACGUCUGGCAGCCGAACGAGGGCUGACGGAAGAAGCUAUCCUCUCCAGCAAAGAGGCCACCCCGCAGGCGAGCAGGGAGCCUAGUCAGCUUCCUACACCCGUACCCACCGAUGAUGAAGACGAGAAUACCCCACAGACGAAACAACAGAGUCCAGAAGAGCAACACGAGAAAAAGAAUCAAGGAGGAGAAGAAGAAGAAGAAGAUACCCCAUAA